AUGUUAUUACAAAUAUUCAUCACCAGUAUUCUAGUGAUAUCAUGGAUGAAAGAAAGUCUAACUGAUCAACAGACAACUCAAGAAAUUAUUAUUAAUCAGACAAAUUCAGCUUCGCAUAAAAAUAUUACAAUACCACAUGAACAACAAGUUUAUAGAUAUAUUAUGAAAAAUUAUGAAUUAUGCGUUAGACCAUUAAAAAAUAUCUCAGAAAAAUUAAUCGUUAAAUUAUACAUACGAUUACAACAGAUCAGUGGAUUAAAUGAACGUAAUCAAGUGUUAACAACUAUAAUGUUUCUUGAACAGAUAUGGGAAGAUGUUUAUUUAAAAUGGAAUGAAACGGAAUUUGGCAAUGUAAGAACUUUACGUAUACCAGCUAAACAAAUAUGGACUCCAGAUACAUACGUAUUUAAUAACGCUGAUCAUAUAAAUUCAGGUUUUUUAGAAGGUAUAUACGUUUUAGUGCAUAGCUCCGGUAAAGUGACCUGGUCAAUACCAGUCCAAUUGAAAACCUCGUGUAAAGUUGACAUAACACUAUUUCCAUUUGAUUAUCAAAAUUGUGAAAUACAAUUCGGGUCAUGGAUUUAUCAAUCUGAUUGGAUUGAAUAUCAAUUUGAAACUCAAUCGUUACAAGAGAAUUCGACGACAACAACAUCAUCGUCAUCAUCGUACAGAAUGAAUCAUUCUGAAGAAGAAUUCAACAAUGAUGAAGUCAAUAAUGGUAUUAUCAAUGAAGAUUACCUAACAAAGCAUGCCUUAGACACUUCAUCCUACUGGGAUAGUUCUGAUUGGAUGCUUUUACAUGCAUCAUUAGCUUACACGUAUCGUUCAACUGAUUCAUUGACUGUAUGGAAACCAACGACAACAACAACAGUAUUGAAUAUUGAACAAAAUUCAAACAAAAUUGAAACAUUGAAGCAUACAAAAAAACAAACUGAUUUAGUGCUGAAAUUAUAUUUACAAAGAAGAAGUUUCUUUUACAUAUGGAAUAUUGUUGUCCCGUGUAUUCUACUCACUAUGCUUACACUGGUCACUUUUUGGACACCAGUUGUUUCCGGUGAAAAAGUUACCCUUGGUUUGUCAGUAUUUUUAGCUUUUUCUAUGUUUAUGAUGCUGAUAGCUGAACGUGUACCACCGACAGCGAAAAGUAUUCCACUUAUAGGUGUGUAUAUGACUUCAGUAAUGACAUUAACAGUUGGAUCAGUUGUUGCCUGUGUGAUUGUGAUAAAUUUGGAUUCAAGAGGUGAAAAGUUAACACGUGCACCGAAGUUUCUACGUCGUCUCAUUCAAACUCGCUUAAUUCGCAUGUUUUACAAAUAUGAUAAUAUCAACAAAUCUGCUGUUGUAUCUUCUAUAAUUGAAAAACUUUCAAUCUCCACUACUAGUCAAGAGAAUAAAUUAGCAAAAAUUAAUUGUCAAAUCUCUGCACUUUGUGAAUUGAACCAACUUCUUAGUAAAGAUGAACAAUUGACUAAAGAAAUUCAAUCAAUCUAUCAAGAUUAUUUGUGUAUCUCAGACUUUAUGAAUGGAUCAGAUGAAUUGAAGAAGAAGAAGAAGACAUCACCAGUACAUUCAUUAGAUUCAAUUUACAAUGAUCAAGAUGUUCCUGUUGAAAAGCCGAUGAAUCACACGGUCACUUCACCUCAAACCAUGUCAGCUUCAUUCUUGGAAUCUUCUUCAAUUCGAAUGUCAUCACAGAGAGAAGUCAAUAAAUUAGCGAACUACCUACCAUUGUCUAUAAUUAGGGAUUCGACUGAGUUAUUGAGUACAGAUUUCGAUGUACAUGGAGAUGUGCCAGUUACUCCUUCUGGUAAUAAUUAUGCUACUUCUACAAACAUUGAUGAAAAAAUCGAUCACAAUGAGGCUAAUGUAGGAGAUCAACAAAAAGUGAGACAUGAAUUGAUUAAAUAUGAAUGGAAAUUAAUUGCAAAGAUAACAGAUCGUCUAUUGUUCAUCACAUUUGUACUAAUAACGAUUAUCUGUUAUGUUACUAUAUUUGUAUGGCCUUUACUAUGUGGACCUUCGUAUCAACAUCACCAUCACUAUCAUCAUCAUCGUCACAGAAACUCACAGAAAAUCGAUUGAAUUCACAUAUAUACAUACAUACAUAUAUGACCACCCCACCUCACCGUCUGCUACCCCCCCCCGCCCAGUCCUUACACUUCAGCUCAACAUUGUACAUAUGUAUUGUUGUUUGAUGCAUUACAAAAUGCAAUUUGCUUUUCAGUAUUGUAUGCAUAUCCUUGAGUUCCAGUUGGAGCAUUGCAUUUUUCCAGUAGCUCAUCUGUUAUUCUAUUCUCUGUUUGUCUUUGUCAUUUGGCUCCAUAACCGCCUACAAGUUUUCAUUCCCUCAUCACGUGAUCUCCUCUACAACAUGCUGAAAAUAUGCUUGAUAUUAAAGUGUAAGACCCUAAUCGAAUAAGCACACCAAAGAGAAUCUUGAUUCAGUCAAUAAUAUUUAGAAAAAGUGCAAAAUUUACUAAAAUAGGAUACUCGUUCUUCAAUUUCUUGUUCGACUAACUUCCAGUUUCGCAUAACAGUGGCUACAUUCAUUCAUACAACUAUUCUUAUACAGUAGGGGGAUCUCAAGGUUGAGCUUUGAAGUGGAGGUACUAACCUCACGAGAAACCUUCCCUCUUUUUUGUGGAGGGGGGGCUUACUAUUUACAAGUGUGUUGGCGUGAGAUCGAACCUCGGAUCAGGUGUGUGUGAUUGAUGGCGAGCAUUCUCCCACUGAACCACUGAUGCGCAUAGAGUUCGGCUGAAGUUAGAAAUUAUUGCUCAACAGCAAUAAACUUGAUUUGAUUCCUUCUUACCCUUCUUUUUUGGUUGAAAUUUAAACAUUUCCCAAUAUUAUCCCUCAUUAAAGGGAUGAUUGUAUAAUUUGACUUCUGCGGAAUUAGGGAAAGGUGAAAUAUGAGAACAAAACGAGAGAGGGAGAGAGAGGAAGAGAA